CAAGUGACGUCAAAGUGUCUGCAGGUGUUGGAAGAGGCGCAGUAUUGGCGUAAGUGACGCUUAAAACGGCUUUUACGAUGGCUUCAGCUACAGAUAACCGUUAUGGACAAAAGGAGUCUUCUGACCAGAACUUUGAUUACAUGUUCAAAAUCCUGAUCAUCGGAAACAGCAGCGUUGGAAAGACCAGCUUUCUGUUUCGUUAUGCAGAUGACUCCUUCACGCCAGCAUUUGUAAGCACGGUGGGCAUCGACUUCAAGGUGAAGACCAUCUACAGGAAUGACAAGAGGAUAAAGCUGCAGAUCUGGGACACUGCGGGACAGGAACGCUACAGAACCAUCACCACCGCCUACUACCGCGGGGCCAUGGGCUUCAUCCUCAUGUAUGACAUCACCAACGAGGAGUCUUUUGCCGCUGUGCAGGACUGGUCCACACAGAUUAAGACGUACUCAUGGGAUAACGCCCAGGUGCUACUAGUGGGCAACAAGUGUGACAUGGAGGACGAGAGGGUUGUGGCCUCUGAGAGGGGACGACAGCUCUCCGAGCAUCUCGGUUUUGAGUUUUUUGAGGCCAGUGCCAAGGACAACAUUAACAUUAAACAAACCUUCGAGCGGCUGGUGGACAUAAUCUGCGAGAAGAUGUCAGAGAGCCUGGAUGCCGCUGAUCCUGCAGUGACGGGAGCCAAACAGGGGCCGCAGCUCACCGAGCAGCCCACCGCUCCGCACCAGGACUGCGCCUGCUGAAAACCCCAUGGCUCUAUCUGCCUUGCACCAACACACAAAAACAACAAGUUUAGGUAUUUAAAAAGAACAAGAAACAUAAAACCCUCAAUUCCCUUACUGCCUCCUCUGGUCACAUUCUCUAACUCCUCCCCCUCCUCUCUGAAUACACAUUUAGACAUCUCAAACUUUGAAAAGAUUUUAUUCAACAAGCAAUCCAUUCAAUUUUUAAAAGGAAAGCCUUAGUGCCCUUUAAAGGGAUAGUUCACCCAUAAAUGAGAAUUCUGUCAUCGUUUAC